CUUGAAAUCAACACCUGAUUCCAUGUUUUUUUGUCACUUGUCCCUGCUUCGCUCAACAUUUAUGCAAAUUGGUUUAAAGUUUACUCCAUCACCUGAAACUCCAUUCUUCCGAUGAGAAUCAAUACCCUGCAUAAACAGUCCUGCCGGCGAGCAACCACGUGUAGAACCGACCAUGGCUACCUCGUUCCAACCUAAUGUCCAUUACACCUUCGGCUCCCCUCUGUCCACCACUGCGCUCUUCGGGACUCGACGAGCGUCGGAUAUCCUGGAGCAAGAGGGAUACACAACCACAUACCAAACUUCCACCUCAAGGCGGGGGUCGCGAGCCUUGAGUGGUGGGGGAAGCUCCACGCUGGCGGAUGUUGUCAGCUCACUGACUCGUCGCGGCAGCGACGCUAUGAUCUCGUCGAGCAUCACAGAUGCGGAUUACGCGACACUCCUCGAAUGGAUUCGAGCGGAGCGAAUGCGCAAGCUCCCUGCCGAGGGGAGCAGCUAUGACAAAGCGCUUGUCUGGGCGGCUUUGUUUGUAGAAAGACUGCAUUCAUUUGACACGGCUCUGGAGCAAUUUGCCGGGGAUAGUCACAUGGCCGCCCAGCUUGCCUAUGUACACUGUGCGAGUUUACUCGAGUUGGCGGAGAACAAUGCCCCUGCGUUGAUGGAUCUGUUCGGAUUCUUCUACCGCUCCUCCAUGGGCCUGGGCAACUUGCUGGAUCGCACAGAACUCUUCUCCGUAUCCCAGGAGAUCAAAGACCAACUCAUUCUGGCCCUGGCCGACCUCGUCACCCUUGUUGUUGGCGUGGCCAGACACUUCCACCGGUCUUUGAACUCUUCUGAAUCAGUCUCGAUUGACAUUUACAGCACCUUUCCGGGUCCGAUUGACAGCUUCAAGGCUCGCUGCGAACAUGUCUCCGAGUCAAUGUGGCGCCACCAGCUGAUCCGAGAGGGUUUGAACGGGGACAAAGGUGAGCGCGAUUGCUUUCAAAAUCCUCCUAUCCGGAACAUCACCGAGAUCCGAGCCCUCAAAGAUUGGCUGCAGCCUGAGGACCCCGUGCUAGUCAACGUGGCGGAGACAACCGCACACUUUGCCCAGGAGCGUGAGGAGUCCACCUGCCUGUGGAUGACUCCGUACUUGACACGAUUCCUCAAAAGCAGCCGCAAAACCCUGACGGUGCAUGGUAAACCGGGUUCAGGCAAAACCAUUCUGGCGACCGUGAUCAACGACCAUCUCCAACACCCUGUCGGAGGUACCCAUUACAAGUCGAUCUUUGUCCCGAUCAGUAAUCGUAUCCCAGCCAACACCACCCCUCGUGCAGUCGCCAAGAUGAUCCUGUCACAGCUCUUCGACAAGCGCAUUGGCAAUGUGCGACUCUACCAGACUCUGUCGGAUGCGUACACACGCAGCCAGUCGACACUGGAAGAGGACGCGUACGACGAUCUACUGUGGGCUGCGGUGGGGAACGCACUGAAGAGCAGUCUCCAGGGUGCCAAGGAACUCGUCCUGGUGGUGGACGGAAUGGAUGAGGCCAGCUGCGGAGAGACCCUGAUGCACAAGCGACUGACUGAGGCUGCGGCCCCCGCGGAUAGAGUCAAGUUGGUUGUUUUGGGCGCCCAGCAGCCGCUCUCCACGUCUUCGCAGAGCACUGUGCAUGUCUCGCCGGAGCUUGUCUUCGACGACAUCACCGCUGUCGUACGGAAGAUCCUGCAGCAUACUCGUGCUUUCACAUCCUUGCCUGAGGAAGAGCAAGAGAUCAACGUCACGCGGAUUGCUGAAGCGUCCAGUGGUUCAUUCCUCUGGGCCAAACUGGCCGCCAAACGCAUCCGCGAGGAGGGCUCGUCCAACGCGCAAGCUCUGACCAGAGCCAUUGAAAGUGUGGCCAACACCGGCAAGACACUCACCGACCUGGUCUCGCAUAACCUACAUGCGAAGCUGAGCGAAGAUGCAUUGAAGGUGUUGGCUUGGCUCUCCACUGCGGCUCGUCCCAUGACGCAGAAGGAGCUGUCGGCGCUGGGCUCCGUCCACGUCGAAAAUUCCACCGUCACCGACAAGUACCUUGACAUCCAGCAGCUCCUGAAGCCGGUCGCAUCGCUUGUCUUCAUCCAGAGCCAUCUGGUCUACCUGCGCCAUGGACAGAUUCGCACCGCGAUCCUGGACGUGCUGGCAAAAGAUAAACUAUUGCCGUCGGUUAAAAACAGGAACAGCGAUCUUGCACAGAGACUGCUAUCAUAUACCAAGGAGGCCGUCACCAGCGAGCACGAGCCCUCGCUAGAUCCACUGGACGAGAAUACCACCCAGAAUCUGCUGGCCAAAUAUCCUCUACUCGACUUCGCCCUGCGCUACUGGUUGACGCAUGUCAAAAUCGCGUUUGGCUGCACCACCGACCAGGAGAUCACCACUGCAGCCAAAGAGCUGCGCAGUGCGCUUCCGACUUCGCCCACAGUGCCAUUGCUUGAGAUGACCGUUUGGGACAAUAAAUCCACCCCGUCAUUGCGGCUGUUGCACGGCAUUCAAACCCGACUGUAUCGGCAGGCAUUGAGCCCUACUCACCCCACCACCCUGCAGACUAUCCUCUGUCAGGCUCUCUUCUACCGACGUAUCCACAACACCCUUCCAGCCCAUAUUAGCAAGAUCUUCUAUGAUGCUGCGAAGAUGAGCCAAACCGUGCUCUCGCCCCGACACCUGAUCACCAUGCAGAUGACCAAGUUCUACCUGGAAGUGACUGCCGACGAGAUUGCCGAUUCCAAGACCGAGAUCAUGGUGAAACGCACCGAGAUGCUGCAGCUUCUGGUUGAAUGCUACAAGAUCCAUUACGGAGGGUCAAGCAGCAUGGUGACUUCCACUCUGACCCAGCUGUCGGAACAUUUCAUCUCGAUGGGAGACGAGGUUCAAGCUAAGGAGAUCACAACCUCGCUGCAGGGGCCGACCACGGACGGCGCGUCGCAACCCACGGGCUCGCGACCGACGGACGACUCGCUCUUGCUCCACCUCCACGGUCGCAAAGAUGCAAUGGAGACGCGGACGACUUUCUCUCUGGACGAACUGGAGCUGGACGAUGUGAUCACCCGCGCCUUCGACUUCAACUCUCUGCAGGCCAAGGCCGAGCGGUUCGUGGCCGAGAAAGACCUGAAGGCUGCCGAGCGGACGUAUAUUGAGCUCUGGCAGCAAACCAGCAAGGAAUAUCGUCUCAGCCACUCGUCUGACUGGGAGCUCAAGAACAUGGACGCCGUGCUGGGCUAUGCCAAGUUUCUCAAGUCCCAACACCGGGAGAACGAGGCCGCUUCUAUUCUGUCCGGCUUCUGGGAGGGAUAUAGCCAAAGCACGUCGAGCUCUGAGGCAGUGGCCUCUAAGUUCCUCGAGGUGGCUAAGGUGAUGAAGUCUGUGGGACUCUCCGUGCUGGCGCUCAGCGUUUUCAAGCACUGCGCUCAGAGUACCAACAGUCAGAGCGGUGUCCACCAGGAGGUGCAGCAGCAUAUCAAUACCACUUCACGGGAGGUGAUGAAGAUGGCAACCUCGACCAGCUCGACCAUCACCGAAUCGAGUCUCAAGGAGAUGGUCUUCAACACGUCGAGCACUGAUCAGGUCUCCGUCACUGCCACAAACACUCUGUUGGAGCUGUAUCUGUCGCAACAUCGAUGGCAGGAUGCCACCAAGGCCAUCAAGCAGGUCCUCCGGACCAUGUGGCCUGCCUUCUUUGCACCUUCGGUGGAUGAAGUGUUUCUUCCCUCGAGCAACCUGGAGUACUGCAUCGAGCUUGCAGAACGGCUGGCAAAUUGCUAUCGCUCCCGACGCCGAGCAGGAAAGGAGGAGGACGUCCGACUGCGUCUGUAUCAGGCCGUCCGCCGCGAUCGACCGGCGGGCGACAAGCUGCGGGGCCGUGUCACAACGGCCAUUCUCCGUCUAUACGAGCGCAUGUCGCAAAGUGAUAAGCUGAUCACCAUCCACCAGGAUAUCCUGAGCGACUCCAUCAAGCGAUACGGAGCGGAGCACCCGACCGUCAUCAAGCAGCUAUGGAAGCUGGCAGAGCUGACUCGUCCUCGUCCUAUCGCGGUGGACUACUAUCGUCAGAUCGUGCAUGUUCUCAACAAGGACUCGGAAACCUGCUAUCCUGAUGCCUUUGAGCCUCUGCUGAUCGUUGUGACCGAGCUCCUGAACCAGGCACGCUACGCGGACGCCUUGAAGCCCUGCCGCGUACUGUUCAAUACGGCGCAGAAACCUAAGACCAGCCCCAAGCUGCAGGAACCGAGUUUCGUCCAGACGCUUUAUGAGCGAUACAUUCACUGUUUGCGCAUGGUCCACAGCGACACUACAGUCAUUCACGACGUGACAGUGCAGUACCGCAAAGCCUGCAUCAGCCUAUUUGGCACCGCGGCCUCGAUCACCAUCCAGGCCACCAAGACUCUGGCUAAUAUCUGCCUGGAGUGCAAGCGGUACGAGGCAGAAGCAAUCGAGCUGUUUGAAGAGUUGCUGCACAGCAAGUCCAACGAAGUCGACAUCGACCGUGACGAUAUCCGUGCGACACUGGAUUCGAUUUACGAAGAACAGAACAUCCUCGUCAACGUGUCGAAGACGGAGUCCAUGAGCGCCGAGCAAGUGAAGAGGGUGAUCUCUAUUCGCACACAGCGUCUGGCUUCUCUUCGCUCCACCCACGGCUGGGCCCAUGAAGAGGCUUUGUCGCACCUCAGCGAGAUCGUGGCUCUGUACUCGAAACAGAGUAAUACGCAGGCUGCCGUGACCCUGCUGCGCAACGCCACAGCCCAGGUCCUCGCCACCGAGUCGUCAUCCAUCCAGCUGAGCGCUGCUGCCAAGACCAUUGCUACCGGCUACAUCACAGCCGGUCAGGUAGACCGAGCGAGAGACAUAUCCCAAGAACUAUACCGGCAGAUUGUGGCCAAGGACACCACCAACGUCGGGGCUGUGGGAUUCGACCUGACCUCCAGCCAGCGGCAGAGCCUGUCCUUCUUGGCCGAGCUGGAGUACAGCCUACGCCAGCGCGAGGACUCCUCGCUCACCCUUAACGAGAUCUACUCGGCGCUGACCACCGAGUACAUGUACUUCGAGCAGUUCCGCACUGAGAUCGGCUCGAAGAACAGCAGUGUCAUGACCGUCACCUCGUCUGCCUCGCGCCUGUAUGGCUUCCUGUCCGCCAAGGGCCGUCAAGCUGACGCUGCGCGACUCGUCGAGCAGUUCACCAACUACUUCCUUGCCACGGAGGGUCCGACCGUCCAGGCGAACCCCAGUCAAGCCAGGGUCUUCAUCGCCACCCUCCUCGAGUACUUCCACUCGCACACCUCGCAGCACUUCAUCCGCUCCGUGGCGAUCGCCAGCCACGACCGGGUGACCCAGCUGCUGGCCACAGCGGACUACAGCGCAGCGUGCGGCCUGGCUCUCACAGCCUUCAAGUACAUCCGGGCGCAUCAGGGCUACACCUCCCCCUCGGUGCUCAAGAUCGUCUUCAAGCUCGGACUGGUGAUCGCCGGUCGAGACGUCGAGACGCGGCCCGCCGCCUCGUCCCGCAAGGAGAUGCUAGGCGUGUCCGCGACCAUCCUGCAGGAGACGCUGGGCUACCUCAAGCAGCAGAAGGUCGACCUGACGCAGCUGGACCUGGUGCACCUCAACAACCUGAUCUGCGUGCUGGACGAGCAGCACGACUACCACACCCUGGCCUGGAUCCUGACCUCGCUCUGGAACAACCGCGACACCAACCACAUCGCCAGCUCGCAGCCCCAGUCCGCCUACACCCUCGCCCUGGGCCGCAUGCUCGUCAUCACCCGCUAUCUGAUCGGGGAUUAUUCCGCUGCCAUGCGCCUCGGCGAGGACAUCGUGUACAACUGCGCCCGCGUCCAUGGUCCGCGCCACCCCAGCACCGUCGAGAUGACCGUCCUCCUCUCGCAGAUGUACACCAGCGUCGCGCAGGGGUACCAGUCCCAGAAGGACCGGCGCGAGCUGGCCUACCGGUACUACAAGAAGGCGGCCUCGUUGCAUGAGAAUGCGCUGCGGGUGUUUAUUGAUCCGAGUUCUGUCUCCGCGACCGAGAUGGAAGACAGCAUGAGCAGCAGCGAGUCGGGGUCCGGCGCUACCAGCCCUGGCGGCAUUGUGGAGGAUGAGGGCAAGCAUGUCCGACAGCAUCUGCAUCUGCUGAAGCUGGCGGUGGAGCGACUGGGCGACUGGCCCAAGGAGUACGCGGAGUAUGAGCGUCUGAAUGCGGACUUGUUCCGGACCUUCGCCAAGGAUCUGAAGGAUGUGGAGGGCGUCGAGAAGUGGAAUUUGAAGCGGUUUGGCUCGGGUCGCGCUGAGGCGAGCGAUGACUUGAUCGCGACGGGAAUUAAUCAAGUGGUGGGGAGCCAUGAGCGGCUUGCUAUUGCUGUUUGAGAG